GUUGUUGAAGUUUAAUAAUUAUACAAAAAAUUGAAUUUCUGUUAGUUUUAUCCUAGCAAUAGGUACUAUGUACAAGCCUAGUAAAUCGCAGUUCGAUCAGAUAUGCCGUUUGUGUUUAAAUUUAACAGAUUUGGUCAGUCUAUUUGAACGGCAUCCAAAGACACAAAAGGAGUCGCUUGGUUUGCUUGUCCGUGAAACUGUUGAAAUGCUCGGAUUAACGAUUGACCCAGACGAUGGGCUUCCAACAAAAAUUUGCCUCAUCUGUAAGAGUUUUCUUCGGCAGCUUUACAAAUUCCGCAACCAGUGUCAAGAGGCAAACGAUCUUCUAGUAGAAGCGUUAUCCACAUCAACAAACAGAGAAAAUUCGGACUUGAUAACCGCUGAGAAUGUGAUUGCCUUAUCGUCUGAUCAGAGACAAUUAUUAAAAGACGAUGACAUCGCACAGAGUGAAGCGGCGCCCGUGCAGGAUACUAAAAGUCCCCAGUCUAAUCCAGAACUAGUGGAAAGUACUGUGGAAGCUGAUUCCAGUAGUGGGAGUAGCAAACAAAUAACAAUCAAACAUGAAAUACCAGAUUGUGGAGAGAAAGACUGCGAAGCAGAAAAUCCUGAAACAUUGAAUGAAGAGUAUGAAAUUUUAGAUACUGUAGUUGAGGAACUAGAAGAGGAAGAAAUCAUACAUGAAGAUUUUGCCGAACAAGCUGAGAAUGUUGAAUACAUGAUAGAAGUGCAUGAUGACGUGUUAUCAGAGGAGCAAAACCUUGAAAUGUACGUUGACGAAGUUAAUUCAGAGCACGAAGCGGCUUUGGAAAUAGAAAAUGAAGCUUCGAGACAGACCGGGACCGAACCGGUAAAAGUCGACACAAGCAAGGGAGAGUUAUGUAAAGUUUGUGGUAAUUACUCAACAUGUUUGAAGUAUCACAUGAUGUGUCAUACCGGUGAGCGACCAUUUUCGUGUAGCCAUUGUGACAAAUCAUUUCGUACCAGCACUAAGUUGAGAAUACACGUGAACGGGGUACAUCUAAAAGUACGAAAAUAUACUUGCGACAUUUGCGGAAAAAAAUUUCUGGACUCCGGUAAUUUGAGAAAUCAUAAAGUUACUCAUAAUGGCGAAAGAAAACACAUUUGCGACUAUGAAGGCUGCGGGAAAUCGUUCCGGCUACCAGGAACACUGACGGUUCACAAAAAGUCACAUACACAAGAAAAGACAUUUAUUUGUGACAUUUGCUCAAAAGCAUUCCUCUAUAAAUGGCUGCUGGUGAAGCAUAUUCGUACUCAUACCGGAGAAAAACCAUAUGAAUGUGACGUAUGUCAUAAAAGGUUUACUACUUCAACGCAUAUGCAUACUCAUAGGAAACUGCAUGACCCAAACCGCGAAAAAUCCGUCAGAAAACGAAAAUGUAAUAACGAAGCAACGGUCUAGCGGAAAUACACGCGGAUUUUAACUACCUAUUCGGUUUUUCACAAAGAAUUUGUAUGGAAUUUAUAAAAUCAUGUAAAAUAUUCCAGAUGAAUGUGCCAGUCUCUCAAAAAUAACAUUCAAGUAAGAAAGUAUUGUUGCCAUGUUUGAGUAAAUAUUUCAAACUCUGACACGUUUUACAAUGAUAUUGCGCAAUACACCACAA